AUGGCGAUGCUCUUGUCGAGAGCCCUGCGCUCGGGGCAUCUGACCUCCUACUCCGCGGUUGGAAACUUCUCGCACUUCUCCUUGCGGCAGCGUUACACACAGAUGCUGAAGGCACAGACCGAUCCCACGCUGGCGGACUUCUUCUUUCAGAGCUACCUCCGCGCAUUCUUCGCGGAUCCGCCCUCCUACAACUACUGGUUCAUCAGCAUUGCGGCAUUCGGCGCCUGCAUUGGCAUCCUGUCUCGCCAGAUCUUCUUCAACCCGGAUGUGAUGUUCCGCUUCCAGGAGAAGCGAAAGCCUCUGCCUGACCGCCACAGGCAGUGGACCUAUUCCCUGCCUUUCUUCAACCACCGCCUGCGCAACAUGUGCUGCAAGUACAAGGCCUGCAUGAUUGACAACGAGCCGGACUGGGCCGACUAUCAUCCCCUCGGCUACCGCCCAAACCGGAAGCAGUGCCACAGGCGCCCGUGGUUGUGGAUCCUGACCAUCCCUCGCUACACCAUCGAGGACCCCUUGUACUCCUCCGUGACGCAUGAGAACAUGAACCGAAUCUACGAGGAUGUGGGCUACAUCAAGCCGGCCAAGACCGAGGAGGUUCGGGAGCCUCGCGAGUCCCGCGAGCCCCGGCCGCCGGAGGAAGCCCCGGAGGCUGGAAGAUCUCGACGUCUCCAAGACAUCCCCGCUUUCAGCUCGCGGUUCCAUGCCCUCACCUGGAGUGGCAUUUCAGGCGCCUGCACCAUCGCCGCCUGCAGAGAGGCUCCCGGGCCUUUCGAGAACCGGCUGAACCACUUGUUUGUGGCUGCGCCGCGAGGGCAGAGAGGAAGCCACGGCGGCCUCACAAGGAGGCGCCCGGCUUUGGAGCUCUGGGAAGUCGGCACCGCCACGGUUUCUGCCGAGGCGUCGGAGGUGGAGGCCAGCCCGCCGCAGGCGCCGCCCGCGGCGCGGCCAACGAAUGGCCGCAAAGUGGAGGCGCCCCAUGUGGAGGAGGAAAUUGAGGUUCACGCUCCAGCUCCACCUGCGCCAAAGCCUGCGGAGGAAGAAGUGGACGAUGAUAUUGAGUACGACGAAGAUUUCGAGGAAGCGGAUGACGAGGAGGAGUAUAUACCCCAGAUUAAAUCCUCGUCGCCGUCUCCCCCGAGCCAAUCGCCGGAUGGGACACCCAACAAGGUCACUUUCCGGCCGAUGUCCUCGCAGUCUCUUCGUGCACCGACGCCUCCGCUUGGGAAGGAGUCGCCAGUCUCUGCAUCAGCCAUCAAGAAGGCGACGCAGAGCGAAAAUGAGAGGAUGGCGAGGAAGUCCCCGAUGCCGACUUCGCCGGACAUGGGCAGGAAGCGGGGAGGGGGACUCAUGGCCGAGUACGAGUCGACCAUGCCCAAGUUCAACCUGGCUGGCAGCCGGGGCUCCCGGCUCUCCCGAGCGGUCAGCGGAAGUCUGAAGUCUCAAAGUCUCCGCCUGCUUGGAAGCCUCGACCCCUUCUUCUCG